AUGUCGUCUUUACUUCGUCUUCUUCGUCUACGUUAUUUAGUCCUUAGUACAACUGCUGGCGGUAGUUAUGUAGUCCAUAAAAAAUAUAAAGAAUUACAAGAUAAAUUACCUGAUAUAUCAUGGAUGAAAGAAUAUAUGCCUGAAGAAAAUGUCGAUGCAUUAACUAAACAUUUGUUUGAUCUAAAAGAUUCUAUUACAUUUCCUGACACUACUAAUAUACAAAAUCGCAUUAGGCAAUUGCAUGAAAGAUUAACUGAUUAUCUUUUAACAAAAACAUCUUCAAAAUUAUUAAUUCUUGGUCCAUCAUUUUCCUUAAAUAAUUAUGAACGAAAACCAUCAAAUGAUCUUUUUACAUUCGCAAAAUCAUAUCAAAAUAUGCAGACAACAAAUGAAGAACGAGAAAAACUAAACAAAGCCGCUCAAUUUCAAGCUCAUGAACGUCAAGAAAAAAUUCAACAAGAAAUGAUGACUAUACAAAUAAAAUAUCAACGUGAAAUAGAUCGAUUAGAAAAAGAAUUACAAUCAUUGAAAAAACAACUUCUAUUAAAACAAGAUCGAACUACAAACUUAAAAAAACAACGACGAAUUAAAAAAUCACUCAUUGAUAUGUAUAGUGAAGUAUUAGAUGAAUUAAGUGAAUAUGAUACUAAUUAUAAUAUUCAAGAUCAUUUACCUCGAGUAGUUGUUAUUGGUGAUCAAAGCUCGGGUAAAACUAGUGUUCUCGAAAUGAUAACACAAGCACGUAUAUUUCCUCGAGGUGCUGGUGAAAUGAUGACACGUAGUCCAGUAAAAGUUACUUUAAGUGAAGGUCCUUAUCAUGUUGCAACUUUUAAAGAUAGCCGUAAAGAAUAUGAUUUAACGAAAGAAACAGAUUUAGCUGCUCUUCGAAAAGAAAUUGAACUGCGAAUGCGUGCAUCAGUUCGAGAAGGUCAAACAAUCAGUAGUGAAGUUAUUUCAUUGUCAGUUAAAGGUCCCGGUCUUCAACGUAUGGUACUUGUUGAUUUACCUGGAAUUAUUAGUACUGAAACAAUCGGUAUGGCAUCAGAUACAAAAAAUGCUAUUACUCGUUUGGCGAAUAAUUAUAUCUCAAAUCCGAAUGCUAUUAUUCUUUAUGGAAGUGUUGAUGCAGAACGUAGUAAUGUAACAGAACUUGUUUCAAAAAUGGAUCCAUAUGGUAAAAGAACUAUAUUUGUUUUAACCAAAGUCGAUUUAGCUGAAGCUAAUCUUCAUGAUACUGAUCGAAUUAAAAAAAUUCUUGAUGGCAAACUAUUUCCAAUGAAAGCUUUAGGUUAUUUUGCAGUUGUCACUGGCAAAGAAAUAUUAAUGGAAGUUCUAAACUCUAUGAUAGAAUAUCAUAUUAAAUAUUUUCAAGAAGAUGAAAUAAUUUACGCUAAAAUACUUUUAGGAAAUGCUGAUGAUCCAAUAGAAUCUAUUCAAAAAUAUGAAGAAGAAUUUUUUCGAAAUUCUAAAUUAUUUCGUGAUGGAGUAUUUAAAGCUACACAAACAACAACACGAAAUUUAAGUUUUGCAGUUAGUGAUUGUUUUUGGAAAAUGGUUAAAGAAAGUGUUGAACAACAAGCUGAUACAUUUAAAGCAACAAGAUUUAAUUUAGAAACUGAAUGGAAAAAUAGUUUUCCAAAAAUACGUGAACAAGAUCGAGAUGAAUUAUUUGAAAAAACUCGUGGUGAAAUUCUUGAUGAAGUUGUUAAUCUUAGUCAAAUUCCUAGUCGACAAUGGUAA